UACUCAUAGUUUCAUUCUCUCCAUUCUUCACAUGCCUUCUCAAUCAUGGUUUUCUUAAAACCAUGGCUUCUUCAUCUUCUUUUCUUGCUGUUAAUGGUUCUUAAUGCAGAAUCACUCUUCUUCAACUUCUCAACAUUCCACACAAACAUGCCAGAAAUUGAAUUCCAAGGAGAUUCAUUCUCUUCAGGGGCAGUUCUUCAGAUCACAAAGAACCAAGCAGAUGCAAGCCUAACAAGCAGUGUUGGUAGAGUUUCAUAUUCACAACCUGUGCAUAUUUGGGACUCGAAAACCGGCAAAGUCACAGACUUCACCACCCACUUCUCCUUCAUCAUGAAAUCCGUUGAUCUCAACUUGUAUGGUGAUGGGAUUUCUUUCUUUCUUGCUCCAUUUGAUUCCCAAAUCCCACAAGAUUCAUCUGGUGGUUACCUAGCUCUGUUUAGUCCAGAAAUGGCUUUUGAUAAUCGUACCAGUAAUCAGAUUGUAGCAGUUGAGUUUGAUAGCUUCAAGAAUACAUGGGAUCCAAGCGAUGAUCAUGUCGGAAUCAAUGUGAAUUCAAUUAUUUCAGUCACAAAUGUCACUUGGAGAAGUAGCAUUAAGAAUGGAUCAACAGCAAAUGCUUGGGGAAGUGGAGAUGAAGAUGACGAUUAUGGCAUUGAUGGCUCAAUAGAUAAUGACUUUGAGAAGGGUACAGGGCCUAAAAGAUUCACAUACCGUGAACUAAGCAGUGCAACGAACAACUUCUCCGAACGAGGGAAGCUUGGAGAGGGAGGAUUCGGGGGUGUUUAUAAGGGUUUGUUGAGUGAAUCGAGCACAGAAGUGGCGGUGAAGAAGGUAUCGAAAGGAUCGAAGCAAGGCAAGAAGGAGUACAUAUCAGAAGUGAGGGUAAUCAGCAGGUUAAGGCACAGAAACUUGGUUCAACUCAUCGGAUGGUGCCACCAGCGCGGUGAGUUACUUCUUGUCUAUGAAUUCAUGCCUAAUGGAAGCCUUGAUUCACAUCUCUUCGGAGGGAAGAAAGCUCCAUUGACAUGGACAAUCAGGUACAAAAUAGCACUUGGUUUGGCAUCUGCAUUGCUGUAUCUCCAUGAAGAAUGGGAACAAUGUGUUGUCCAUAGAGACAUCAAGUCCAGCAAUGUAAUGUUGGACUCAAAUUUCAAUACCAAGUUAGGCGAUUUUGGCCUCGCAAGGCUUGUUGACCAUGAAUUAGGCUCUCAAACAACUGUCUUAGCCGGAACCAUGGGGUACUUAGCCCCUGAAUGUGUGACAACAGGUAAGGCUAGCAAGGAAUCCGAUGCUUACAGCUUUGGAGUUGUUGCUCUUGAAAUAGCCUGCGGACGAAGGCCUGUCGAACCAAAACAAGAACCAAGCAGAGUGAGGCUUGUAGAGUGGGUCUGGGACUUAUAUGGACAAGGCCGAUUUCUGGACGCUGUGGACAAGCGAUUAGACAACGAUUUUGAUGAGAAUCAAAUGGAAUGCUUAAUCACAGUUGGGUUAUGGUGCUGUCAUCCGGACUACACUCUGCGUCCAUCGAUCAGGCAAGCGAUAAAUGUGCUUAAUUUUGAAGCUCCAUUGCCUAGCCUUCCUGGGAAAUUGCCUGUGCCAACAUACUAUGCUCCUCCAAUCAAUAUCUGCCAAUUCAGCAAUACGUCUUCGUUGUUAGGAUUGACGGAUUCGGAGAAGUAUAGAACUCAGUGUUCUUGUAGCAGCUGCUCUACGAAUACUACAAUGUCAGCAGGAUCUACAAAAGCUCUUUUGAAUUCGCCGAAUUCUUCUAUUUUGUGAUUGUAUUGUGCCUUGUUUUGUUCAACAUAUCGAGCUAUACAGUAGAUGUGUGUCUAUAUCUAGACCAUGUAACUUGGUUCCUCGUAAGACUUCCUGUUUCAUCAACUGUGGAAAUUUUCUUUUCUUGACAAUCUCAUCUGAGGAGAUAGAGACUGAAAUUAUUCUGGCUAAUCAUGUGGCUAUCAAUCAUCAUUGCCAGCUUUUGAUGCUAA